AUGUAUUCUCACCUUUCUUUCUUCCUCCCCCUCUUCCUCCUUUCCCUUCUGACCACCACCUCCGCCAACACCGAAAAGACCAUCUUCCUCGCUCCCUCCCCCGUCCUCGUCCCCACCCUCACCCCCAACCUCGACGAUCUCGGUCUCCAACGCCUCUCUCCAUCAAGCUCCUACCUCCGCACUCAAUUGAACGCUUCUUUUCCCACCACCGACCACUCCAAUGGAGACACUAGCACAGACACCGGCACAGACACAUGGUACUUUCUCGAGAAUCUCACCCCAGGCCAACGCUACGAACAACCAACAAAAUUCACCGUCACAACCCACCACCCCCACACAACAAUCUCCACGCCACACCUCCUAACCUCCCUAACCCUCUACUCCAGCCUACGCCUCUCCACCCUCCCAGCCAAACCCCUCGCCGCGCCCAUCGUCCCCAUCCCCCCCGACAGCGCCUCCUCCUCCCCGCACGACCCCACCCUCACCAGCGACUCGGUGCUCUUCCUGCGUGUGCGCGCCGAAGCAGACUAUUACUCGCUGGAUAAGGAGCUGAUGGAGAGGGUGCCGCCUGUUGUGGUGGAUGUGGUGCUGGAUCCGUACUUGGGGAAUGUGUUUCCGAGGUCAUUGGUGAGGACGGCGGGGUGGGUGGUUGUCGUGGCUGGCGUGGCGGCGGCGGUUGCGUGUUGGGUUGUUGGGGAGGUUGGGAGGUUGGUUGCUUUGAUGAGUGAGGGGGAGGGGAAGGGGAAGGGUGGGAAAUCAGAAGGGAAGACAGAAGGGAAGAAAGUCCAAUAA